AUUUGAUCCUCUUCACCCCCUCCUCGGCAUCCUCACGACCUACCUGCCUUGCGCAGCCAAUCAACAAGGGACGUAAGAGAAGUCAGCUGCAUCCUCCUCGUCCUCGUCACCCUCCUCCGCCGGUUCACUUCGCUGCGACACCAUUGCUGGAGGAAGGUCAGACUGCUGCGCAGCCGCUCGACGAGAAAGUCAUUCCAGCAUCAAAAAGCAAAGAUCCCCUUUCUCUUCCCCCUCUCUUUCUCCCGCUGAUCUCUUGCAAAGAUGACUGACUCGAGCGCAUAUGACUCGUACAUGGACGCCACGAUGAAGGAGGCCGCCCUCGCCGGUGGUGGCGCAGGCGUCGAUGGGGUCAUGGAUGGAGGCUAUGAAGAUCAAGGCUAUGCUGGGUAUGGAGAUGACAUGAUGGAUGAGCCAGACGUCUCGCAAGAAGACUGUUGGGAUGUCAUCCGCGCCUUUUUCGCAGAAAAGGGUCUUGUGCGCCAGCAACUCGACUCUUUCAACGAGUUCGUGCACAACACGAUGCAGGAAUUGGUGGAUGAGGUCAAGAGCUUGACGUUGGAGCAGAGUAGUCAGCAUACGGGCAGAGAGGACGACAAGGCUCGCCGAUAUGAAAUCGAAUUUGGCCAGAUCUACCUCGCAAGACCCAACAUGACCGAAGCAGAUGGCAGUUCGGCCGGCUUGAUGCCCCAAGAAGCACGUCUGCGCAACCUCACAUACUCUGCGCCACUCUACGUCGACGUCAAGCAAAGAGUCCUCGUACAAUCCGAGGGUGAAUUUGAUCCCGACACAGGUGACCCGCUGUGGGCCCCAGAACCAGGCAGGCAGGAGCUUGAGGUCGACAAGAUCUUCAUCGGCAAAGUGCCCAUCAUGCUGCAGAGUGACUUCUGUUGGCUCAAGGGCUGCUCGCAGGAGGAUAUGACAUCGCUGAGGGAGUGUCCGCUCGACUCUGGAGGCUACUUCAUCAUCAACGGGUCAGAGAAGGUGCUCAUCGCUCAGGAGAGGAUGGCGGCAAAUCACGUCUACGUCUUCUCGAAAGCGGCACCUUCGCCCGUCACGUUCCUCGCCGAGAUUCGCAGCGCUGUUGAGAAGGGAGGCAAGACGAUCAGCACAAUGCAGGUCAAGCUAUUCUCGAGGCAGAAGGAAAAGCAGACGAACAACGCCAUCCGUGCGACGCUGCCCUACAUCCGAUCCGACAUCCCCAUCGUCAUCGUCUUCAGAGCUCUUGGCAUCGUGCCGGAUCGCGACGUUCUUCAGCAUAUCUGCUACGACUUCAACGACACGGCCAUGCUUGAGAUGCUCAAGCCGUGCAUUGAGGAGGCUUUCAUGUUCCAAGAGAGGGAGGCGGCGCUCGACUUUAUUGGUCGUCGUGGUACAGCGACGGGUCUCACUCGCCACAAGCGUCAAAUCUACGCGCAGGAGAUCCUGCAGAAGGAGAUGCUCCCGCACAUCUCCAUCUCAGAGGGAUCCAACACCAAGAAGGCCUACUUCUUUGGCUACAUGGUACACCGCCUCCUCCUGGCCGCGCUGGAGCGUCGCGAGAUCGACGACCGAGAUCACUUUGGCAAGAAGCGUCUCGAUCUCGGUGGUCCCUUGCUCGCUGGCCUGUUCCGCAUGCUCUUCCGCAAGCUUACGCGAGAUAUCUAUCGCCAUCUGCAGCGCUGCGUCGAGGAGCAGCGCGAGUUCCAUCUCACCACGGCCGUCAAGUCGAGCACAAUCACCAAUGGUCUGCGCUACUCGCUCGCAACGGGCAACUGGGGCGACCAGAAGAAAUUCAUGCAGGCCAAGGCUGGUGUCUCGCAGGUGCUGAACCGCUACACCUUCGCAUCGACGCUUUCCCAUUUGAGACGCUGCAAUACGCCCAUUGGGCGAGACGGCAAGAUUGCCAAGCCGCGUCAGCUUCACAACACGCAUUGGGGGAUGGUCUGCCCCGCCGAGACGCCCGAAGGACAGGCUUGUGGUCUCGUCAAGAACCUCAGUCUCAUGUCCCUCAUCUCCGUUGGCUCCCCCUCGGCGCCACUUCACCAAUUCCUCGACGAGUUCGGUCUCGACAACCUUGCAGACAUGUCCGUCUCCAGCGCGAGGGCGACCAAAGUCUUCGUCAAUGGUGUCUGGGCGGGUACGCACAAUGAGCCGAGCGCCCUCGUCGAGACGCUGCGUGAUCUGCGAAGGAAGGACGACAUCACGACGGAGGUCAGUGUGGUGCACGACAUUCGUGAGAAGGAGCUGCGACUCUACACCGACUCAGGUCGAGUACUGCGCCCGCUCUUCAUCGUCGAUCCGAAGAGCAUGCGACUGCUCAUCACGCGAGAGCACAUCCAGUGGCUCAAUGCGGAGGAGAAGCCUUCGGCGUAUGACGAGGAUGGCGCUGAUGACGAGCAGAGAGAUCGCUUCAGGUGGAGCCAGCUCGUUGCCGAGGGAGUCAUUGAGUACCUGGACGCCGACGAAGAAGAGACGGUCAUGAUCAGCAUGUCGCCGCAGGACUUGGCCAAGUCGCGACGCCUGCAUCGCCACGGCAUCUACGCUGGCGAGGCGAACGGCCUCGACGGUAUGCCUGACCCGUCUGCUCGUCUCGUCUCCUCUCGCUACUACGAGCCGAGCACGUGGACCCAUUGCGAGAUCCAUCCGGCCAUGAUUUUGGGAGUCUGCGCCAGCAUCAUCCCCUUCCCCGACCACAACCAGUCGCCGCGUAAUACCUAUCAAUCAGCUAUGGGCAAGCAGGCGAUGGGAGUCUACUUGACCAACUACCAGAUGCGAAUGGACACGAUGGCAAACAUCCUCUACUACCCACAGAAGCCUCUUGCCACCACUCGAGCCAUGGAGCACCUCAAUUUCCGUGAGCUGCCCGCCGGCCAGAACGCCAUUGUUGCCAUCCUGUGUUACUCAGGAUACAACCAGGAAGACUCGGUCAUCAUGAACCAAUCGUCCAUUGAUCGCGGCUUGUUCCGCUCCCUCUACUACCGCACGUACACGGACUUUGAGAAGAAGGUGGGCUUCACGCUGCAAGAGGAGUUUGAGAAGCCGACGCGCGAGACGGCGAUCCGCCUCAAGCAUGGCACUUACGACAAGAUCGAUCCAGACGGACUCGUCGCUCCUGGUACCCGAGUGUCUGGCGAGGACAUCAUCAUUGGAAAGACGGCGCCCCUGCCUCCCGACAGCGAGGAGCUCGGUCUGCGCUCCAAGACGCACACGAAGCGCGACGUCUCCACCCCGCUCAAGUCGACAGAGAGUGGCAUUGUUGACCAGGUCCUCAUCUCGACGAACCAAGACGGCAGCAAGUUCGUCAAGGUGCGUGUGAGGUCCACGCGUGUGCCGCAGACGGGAGACAAGUUCGCCUCGCGUCACGGACAAAAGGGUACGAUUGGUAUCACCUACCGUCAAGAGGACAUGCCCUUCACCAUCGAGGGCGUCACGCCGGAUAUCAUCAUCAACCCUCACGCCAUUCCGUCCCGUAUGACCAUCGGUCACUUGGUCGAGUGUCUCCUGUCCAAGGUCGCGACCCUAUCCGGACAAGAGGGUGACGCCACACCGUUUACGGACCUGACUGUCGAAGCAGUCAGUGCCAUUCUCGCCAAGCUGGGCUACCAGAAGCGCGGCCUGGAGGUCAUGUACAACGGACACACGGGCCGAAAGCUGCAAGCGCAGGUCUACCUCGGCCCGACGUACUACCAGCGCCUCAAGCACAUGGUUGACGACAAGAUCCACUCUCGCGCUCGUGGACCCGUCCAAAUCCUCACUCGCCAGCCCGUAGAGGGUCGUUCGCGAGACGGAGGACUGCGUUUCGGUGAGAUGGAGCGCGACUGUCUCAUCUCGCACGGAUGCGCCGCCUUCCUCAAGGAGCGCAUGUUCGACGGAUCCGACGCCUACCGUGACUUCAGGUGCGACAACUGUGGCUUGACGGCUAUUGCGAACCUGAAGAAGGGGGAGUACUUCUGCAGGAUCUGCUCGCAGAGGACGCAGAUUAGCCAGGUGAUGAUCCCAUACGCCGCUAAGUUGCUCUUCCAGGAGUUGAUGUCUAUGGGCGUUGUCACGAGGCUGUACUAGGCGGUCAGCGUCCGCGCGCUUGAUACUCGCAUUCACUCCCCCUUGCCACGCCUCCCUUCCUCCAUUCGCCUUCCACCACGCUUCACUCUCCACGUUCCACGCUUCCCACACCCUCGUUCCUCUCCCCUUCCAUGUAAUUUUACGCCAACUCACAACCAAUACAAUGCCAAGACGAGACGGAGUAUCAUCUACUACGAUGCCACAUGGCGUGGUCGCAUCGCAUCGCAUCAGGCUGUCAACUCUUGCUCGCGCCCGAUGUACCGCGAUCAGAGCCGCGCAUCGCUGAGACUAACGUCGUUGCAUCGCCGCCGCGAACAUUGCGUGCGGUGGUACCACGAGCGGCGGGCGG